AUGGCAGUAUCGUUUGUUCGUUCGUUUGCCCUGUUGGCAAUGAUGUCCAUCAGUUGCUCUGUUACGACGGCAGGACUGAUAGCUGCACCAUACUUAGCGGCACCUGUAACGGUUCCAGUGGCAGCGGCCUACACCAUUCCUUCCCAGGGUGUUCUGAGAACGGCAUACAACCAGGUAGUUGGACGCAGCUAUGCACCUUCCUUCGUUCCGGUAGCUUCUUCCCUCGCCUAUGCAGCAGCUCCUGUAGUUGCUCCCGUUGUAAAAGCAGUCCCAACGGUAUUUGCUGCACCACCUCAGCUUGUCGCUGGUCCUGUUCUGAAGACGGUUCGUCCCGUGGAAACUCCGCUUACCUAUGCAGCUCCUGCUGUUGCUGCCUUUGCACCAGCAGUCCGAGCCGUUGCAGCGCCAGCACCUGUCUUUACUCCGCCAGUACUCUCCACCCGUCUUGCUCCACUGCCAGCCGUUGGUGUAGCUCUAGGACUCACUCCAGCUCUAGCUUCAGCUCCAGCCGCAUCACUACCAGGAGUGUUCGAUGCCCGCAGUGCUGCUCCAGCUCCAUCAGCAACACCUGGCUCCACGGUACAGCGAGCCUUCGUAACGGCAUUUGGAUCUCCGGCAGGAAUUCAGCUCGUUGGAGUUGGUUCUGCCUUCGAAGGUGCGUCAACUAACGUUGAGAUAGCACGUGCCGCUCCCGGUGGACAGGGUGAUGGAGCACAGCAAGAGCGAUCGGCCAGUCCAGCUGCUCCGGCUUCUGGCACACCGGAAAAUUUCGGAGUACAACAGCAGACACCUUUCAGCGAGUACGGAUUGCCGGUUCCCGCUGGCACACCAGUAAAUCCAUAA